AUGUUGUCUAAGCUGCUGUCGCCGUUGUGUAUAAUUCCAUUUGUCCUAGGUGCCCCGGCUCCGUCUGCUGUGACACUGUCUACCCCAGGUGGCAAUGUUACUGCUACUAUACUUGGCCCAUAUUCGCCAGUGACAACCUCGUCCAGUUUUCCAUUAACUUCUGCCGCAAGCUCCGCGACAUCUUCUGCUUCCGCCAGCACCUCAGGCGCGUCUACAACCGGUGUUAUCACCAUUCCGCUCUCUAGUUAUUCAUUCACUCCCUAUCCCACACCUACUCUCAACCCUCGCCCGCCUAUUUACCCUGCAACCGAUCCUUUGAAUCCUCCCUCUGUCAGCAGUGAUCCGCAAGUUGUGCCUGAUUUUGCGCCUGCAUGGUCUGCCGCUUACCAGAAGGCCAAAUAUCUUAUAUCAGAUUACACCAUUGAAGAAAAGGUCAAUAUCACAACUGGAGUCGGUUGGGCGAAGGGGUUGUGUAUUGGCAAUAUCCCACCCAAUAAAAACUUCCCUGGUUUAUGUCUUGAGGAUUCGCCUCUCGCUGUCCGUUCUGUCGACUACGCGACUGCGUUUCCAGCUGGCAUUCAUGUGGGCUCCACGCAAGUCAUCUUUGACUGGAAUCGUGCUCUGAUGCGUGCUCGUGGCCUGGCUUUGGGUCAGGAGUUCAAGGGCAAGGGGGUCAACAUUGCCCUUGGUCCCAUGAUGAACAUGGGUCGCAUCGCUCAAGGCGGCCGUAACUGGGAGGGUUUCGGUGCAGAUCCUUUCCUGACCGGCGAAUCUGCAUACGAGACAAUUUUAGGCCUACAAAAUGGCGGAGUACAAGCUACUGCCAAGCACUUUAUUAACAAUGAACAGGAACACUUCCGCGCAUCAGAAUCUUCAAAUGUUGAUGACCGGACUCAGCAUGAGAUUUACGCGCACCCGUUUUUGCGCAGCGUCAUGGCUGGCGUCUCGUCCGUCAUGUGCAGUUACAAUCUCAUCAAUGAAACCUACGCAUGCAAUAACGACAAGAUGCUCAAUGAUAUCUUGAAGCGCGAAUACGGUUUCCAAGGUUUCGUUCAAUCUGACUGGCAGGCGACGAAAUCGACCCUCUCUGCUGUUGCUGGCCUUGAUAUGACUAUGCCCGGCGAUAUCACCUUUGACUCCGGUGACUCCUACUUUGGCGGCAACCUCACGGACUAUGUGAACGAUGGAUACAUCAGCAUGGCUCGGUUGGACGACAUGGCGACACGUAUCAUCGCUGCUUGGUAUUUCCUUCACCAGGACGAGGCCUACCCUGCAACGAACUUCAACGCAUUCAAUUCUAAAGACGAAGUGAACAACAAGCAUGUGAAUGUGCAGGCUGACCACUAUAAGCUUGUGAGGGAGAUUGGUGCAGCUGGGACAGUCCUUUUGAAAAAUGAAAACGGCGCGCUGCCAUUGAACAAGCCGAGGAACCUGGUAUUGAUUGGAAGCGAUGCCGGUCCAGGCAAAUUUGGCCCCAACGAGUUCCCAGGUCAAGGUGGCAGCGAUGGUGUUCUGGCCAUGGGCUGGGGGUCUGGGACUGGUGACUUCCCUUACCUUAUUUCGCCUCUUGAGGGUAUCCAGGAGCGUGCCCGUCAGGACGGCAGCAGCGUGUUCUGGGAUUUUGACGACUGGAACACCGCUCUGGCUGGUAAUAUGGCGUAUGGCGAGGCUGUUGCUCUCGUGUUCACUAACUCCGACUCUGGCGAGGGUUACAUUACUGUUAAUGGUAAUAAUGGAGAUCGCAAGAACCUAACUGCCUGGCACAACGGUGAUGACCUCAUCCUCGCUGUUGCUGCGCAGAACAACAAUACCAUAGUCGUUGUGAACAGUGUCGGCCCGCUCAUCAUAGAGCCUUGGAUCGAGCAUCCUAAUAUCACCGCUGUUAUCUGGGCUGGCAUCCAAGGCCAGGAGGCGGGCAAUGCUAUCGCUGACGUACUUUAUGGUGCGUACAAUCCCUCUGGAAGACUUCCGUAUACUAUUGCCAAGGAUGUCGUCGAUUAUCCCGCACAACUCGUCACCAAAGGUUCGGGAAGCAAUAUUGUGACCAUUGAUUACACCGAGGGGUUAUUCAUUGAUUAUCGCCACUUUGAUCAAGCAAAUAUCAUGCCGCGCUUCGAGUUUGGCUUCGGCUUGAGUUACACCACGUUCACGUACUCUGACCUUAGUGUGACACCAAUUCAGUCAUCGGAUACUGAUCAAGAGGAUUUGAUCACUGCUUGGGAGGAUGGGAAGGCUUCGCCCAUCGCCGAAGGGUCGUCCGCUGCGCUUUGGCUCCAUGAGCCUGCAUUCCAGGUAACUUUCGAGGUCACCAACACUGGACCUGUAUCUGGGACUGAGAUCCCUCAGCUCUACAUCCACCAUCCAUCUUCCGCUAGCGAGCCUCCAUCAGUCCUGAAGGGCUUCACAAAUGUCGAAAUCUCUCCGUAUGACAUCAAACAAGUCUCAAUAACGCUCUCGCGCUAUGACCUGUCUAUCUGGGACGUCAUUGCUCAGGGGUGGCGCAAGCCUGACGGUCAGAUCUCGUUCUCUAUUGGUGCGAGCAGUAGGGACUUCAGGCUACAGGGGGACAUUCCUAUUUGA